AUGCCAACACCAAAAUUACGGAUUAAAUCCAAACAAAACAAAUAUGAAAAGACUACGGAAACUUCUAUAGAUAAUAAUAAUAUAUCAACAUAUAGUAAUAUAGAAGAUAUUGAUAUGUUUCUUGAAGAAAAUCUAAUUGAAGAGACUGGAAGUUCUUCAACUAGUAAUUAUAUCUUAUCAAGUGAGCCUAGAGAAAGUUUUGAUUAUGAAAAUAUCGAUAAUUAUCAAUUUCAGUAUAGUUCAUUAACUAAUACUAUAGAAGAAAAUUCGAUUAGUUAUGAUGAAUUUGAUGAUACUACAGAUAUUUUAAUAAAUAGUAACGAUAAAUCUGAUAUUUUAGAAGAUACUAUGGCAACUAAUAUAUUAGAAGAUCA